GCUUUUUUCAAAUAAAUUAUUAUGCUUCUUUAAUAAGAUCUACGUUUGUUUUAAGUAGUCAUUUUUUUAUGAAUUGCUACAGAACUGAAUAUUUAUAUACAUACUAAAGUUAUGACUACUCUGUCGACCUAACUUAGUGUUAAUUGUUUUUUCAGUUUGUUCAGAUUUAUUUAAUCACGUUAAUUGUUCAUGCUUUUUCACAUAUUUUAAACAAAAUAAUUUAAGAUUCAAACUAAUAUGUAACAUCUCAUGUUACGUCUUUAAUUAUUUUUGGAUGACGAGUUCAAAUUUUGAGAUGUUUCAGUAUAAGUUUGAAAACAACUAUUCGUAGUACCUUCAACUUUCAUAUGAAUAAAGCCUAUCACUAAUCUAAACCUUCUUUAGUCUUAUUCCAGCUCCUCUGCGGUUUAAAUCCCUGUGACAAACAAUGCUGCUACCUUGGAAAUAUCCCCUUGAUUGCCAUUAUUUCAAUCGCAUUACGUAAUACUGCUGUAUUUGGACUAGGAAUUUUAAUUCGAGAUGUGCAUCGAACCCAAUGAACAAGUGCAACAUAUCGAGGCCAAUUGGUAGAGCAAGACUUUCACUUCCCCUGAGGGUUACAUAAUUCCGAGCCCAAGGAAUCCAAAAGUGCUGAGUGCAUAACAUUGAAGUCAGUGAUCCUGCAGGAAUAAUUUUUGAUCUCUUUGGAUGAGGCCUUAGAAGAAUUCUCUGGUAUCGAUUUCUUCCCCUCUUUAUGGAGCCUUGUCAUACCAGUGGCUACUCGGAUUUCACCUGACGAUCUCAGGUUACCUAAAGAAGAGUGCUGUACAUACUACCACUAUGUAAUAUCCGGGAAAGAACUUGUAUGAAUGUAUGUGUUAUCCAUGAAGAGAAAAGCCUGCAGCCGCACCGCCUCUCGGCCAACUCAGUUUCUGCUGGAUUAUGUUCUGUGUGACUUUACUCCUUAAGGAUGACGGACUUGGUGAAUCAUUUAUCAAUUGGCAAUUGUUUCCCCAAAAUUACCUUGAUUUCUUGGUAAAAUAUUAAUUAAUACCGAUGCCGGUACGUAGACGCGUUUCUAGAGAUCGACAGCGACUGACGUAUAUGAAAGAAAUUUUUUUUCACAAAAAAGUUACAAUCGCAUUUUGGAUAAUAUCGUGAAUUUAUUGCGUUAAAUGUUCUAAGAGUAAGUGAAGAAACGUCUAAGAACUGUGUUAAGGUAAAUCGUAAUUUAAAAGUCAUAGAUGUGGGCGUUUACAGCAGGAGUGGAACAACUUCGCACUAUCGAUAACGGCCUCGAGUAAUUGCACGACGAAUCGUGAUUAUAAAAUGUUCCGGUUGGACGAUCACAUUAAUUAUCUUAUCAAUAUCUUCAAUUAAGCUUUAUCAUUCUUGCUUGAGGUAGUAGCCAUUGAUACGUCAAAGAAUUCGUGUCUUACAAUCAGGUACACCGAUCAGUCUUACACCUGCAUUUAUUUGAGUGUGAAACAUGUUUAUUUGGUGUCCUGUGGAGAAUAAAAUUUAAAAUUUACAUCUAGUUACUUGAUUUUUAUCUAAUUUCGAUGUAAUUAAAACCGGGGAUCAAUCAUGGUGAAGUGUACUCCAUUGAAACAAGAAACUUUCUAAUUAGUUACUUGAUUUUAUAAAACAGUGUUAGCGUUUAUCGAUAUUUUUAAAGUGAUUGAAUUUGUGUCUGACAUUCAAUGGAAUGCUUUUUUGUAGUUUAGGUAAAAUUUCUAGAUAAAAUCGACUUCCUGUAAAAUUUCUGCUGAUGAGUGUUAAUUAUACCAGUUUGCUGCAGUUUACUAAUUGUAAAAUUUAAAAGAAACUAUAAACAUGGAUUACAAUGAAGAAAUUAUUGGCCUUAUUAGGCCAAAAGUGCCUUUCUCGACGAAAGCUGCAUAUGCUUUGGGACAUAUUUUCAAUGAUCUCGCAGCGGCAAUGUGGUUUUCCUACACUCUUCUUUAUCUCCAAAGAAUUGCACUUUUUCAACCAAUUACAGCUGGCGCAUUAUUGUUUCUGGGUCAAAUUGUGGAUGCCUUGGCCACCCCAGUAUUUGGAUUCCUCGUUGAUAGAUAUUAUGACAAAAAGAAGUGGCAUUUAAUUGGCUCCAUAAUGGUGACCUUUUCAUUUCCAGUGAUUUUUGGAACUUUUGUAGACACAAGAAGUCCAAUCGCUAAAGUGGUUUAUGUUGCAAGUAUCACAGUGUUCCAAACUGGUUGGCCAGCUGUCCAAAUAUCCCAUCUCUCCGUGAUUCCAAUUCUAUCAAAAUCACCAUUGAUACGAACAGAAUUAACUGCCAUAAGAUACUCAGCACAAGUUGGAGCUGCUGUCACUGUUUUCAUCAUUACAUGGAUUGUACUUCCAGCUAAUGAUGAAUCUCUCUUGCAAGUUACUGAACAAGAUGCCAACAAGUUUAGAAAUAUUGCACUGAUGAUAACAGUCAUUGGUGUAGUUGCAACAAUCUUCUUCCACAUAUUCCUGAAGUCGCAUUUGCUCGAAGAUCCAUCCAAGGCGGAUCUGUCCGAAAUACGUAUUGAAAAUUCCGUUCCCCAGGAACUGCCAUGGUCCACCAUUACUUUGUUACUGAAAGUUGCUAUGCUCUACGUAGCUAGCAGAUUGUUCAUCACUCUGGCAACCAUUUAUUUACCUCUUUAUAUUGAGGAUAUAAAUGUUGGUGGAAAACAGGCUUUGGCUACUGUACCUUUGGUUGCACAUGUGUCUUCCUUCGCUGCGGCUCUAUUCUUGAAGUACAUCACCAGGUCUUGCGGAACAAGGGUUUGCUAUUUACUUGGUGCUCUUGUUGGAGUGUUGUCCUCCUUUGUGGUUGAAUUUGCAGGAGGCAAUGCCAUUGCUUUAUACAGUGCAGCCAUCCUAAUUGGCGCCGGAAGUUCUAUUACAAUGAUUACUUCCUUGAGUAUAACGGCAGAUUUAAUUGGACUCAGAACGGAAAAGAGUGCUCUGGUUUAUUCGUGCGUUACCUUUUUAGACAAAGUCGUAACUGGUUUGGCGGUCGUUCUAAUCGAAAAAGCGAGAUGCGAAGACAGGGAGCUGUGCUUAAAUUACAACAGGGAUACCCUGGCAACUGUGUGUGUUUCCUCAAUGAUGCUGGGACUGCUCAGCCUGAUGUCAGUUUCUCGAUGUUUAAGUUGUAAUUACAAAAUUUAGCCAGGAAACUCGCAAUUAAUGGUGAUGUGUUCAAUCAGAAUAAUUAGAUUUAUUUAAAGGAGGUGCACCCCCAAUGUUUUCAAGUUGCGUUUACUCACUGUAACAUUCCGAUUGAAUAUUUUAUACAAACCAAUCAGGUCCUGUUUCCAUGUAUGGCUGAAAUAAAAAAUUCUUGUAUACUCAUA